CCCACUAGUAGUAUACUGAGUACUGCUGGCAACUGUUGUUGUUAUUACUCUAACCGCCUGGAAAAAUAACUAAAGGGACCCUGACCUCACUUGGUAUUCCUCUUUCUUCCUCCUCUUCUUCUCCUCUCUCCCUCCUCACUUCCGCGCGACUGGCCUUCUUUUUUUUUUUUUUCCUUUCAUCGCCUUUCGUUUCUUCCCCCCCUCCCUGUUUUAUUUUAUUUUUUCAUUCUCUUUCGCCGUGCGAGUUAUUCAAGGAGACUUGGAAGUGGGCUGGCCCAAUUCAUCUCUAUUGCCUUCUUUCUUCCAUCGCCCCUCCAACCCGACCUUUCUUUUUUUGUCCCUUUCUUUGUGAAAGGGUGUCACGCCGUCAGCGCCUAACGACGAUUUCCGGGAGGCUGGUUCCUCUGAGUGUGCCUAUAGCCUCUGUUAUAUCAUCGCUUGUUGACAUUCGACCGUCACUACCUUGGACUUGACUUGGUCCCCCAUCGUUCUCUUUGAAGAAUCUACUAGAAGAGGGGUUGCUGUUCUGACGAAUUGGCAACAUGUAUCCUCAACCUGGUGCCCCGAUGGCACCUCCUCAGAAACCAGAGACAUUCAUGCUCUCGAGCGAGGCGCAGCAGAGCCUUCCUCAAGAUGCGCAAGUCGCCCUGCAACAAGUUGAUAACUUGAAAUAUUUCCUCUUGUCGGCCCCUGUGGACUGGCAGCCUGAUCAACUGAUCCGACGAUUCUUGCUUCCGACCGGCGACUAUAUCUCCUGUGUCCUCUGGAGUAACCUUUUUCAUGUGUCGGGUACCGACAUUGUUCGAUGCCUGGCCUUUCGAUUCCAGGCCUUUGGACGUCCGGUCAAGAAUUCGAAGAAGUUCGAGGAGGGCAUCUUCUCCGACCUCCGAAAUCUCAAAGCCGGUACCGAUGCCACCUUGGAGGAGCCCAAGAGCCCGUUCCUCGACUUCCUGUACAAGAACAACUGCAUCCGCACGCAGAAAAAGCAAAAGGUCUUCUACUGGUACAGCGUGCCGCACGACCGCCUGUUUCUCGAUGCGUUGGAACGUGAUUUGAAGCGGGAGAAGAUGGGUCAGGAGGCUACCACGGUGGCCGUCAGCGAACCGGCCCUGUCCUUCGAAUACGAUUCGUCCCAGUCGUUGUACGAGCAACUUACAAAGGCACAACAAGCGAGUUCUUCAUCGUUUGCCACACACGCAAGUACGACAUAUGGCCAACCCGCAUCCCCAGUGGUUCGGAGCGUUGACGCAAUGCCUCCCCCCCAGAUGGCUCCCCACAUGGCUCCGCCGACGCUGCCCCUUCUCCCGGACGAGUCUGGGCACCCGGCCAUGUAUAGUGCGAUUCCCAUGUCCAGUGCCAUGGCUCCGGGCCUUGUGAAGCGCGAACCCGAGUACACCACCAUCCAGUUCGACCGCAAUGGCAUGCCGAUGGCUCGGAUUCACCAGCGCCAUGCAUCCAUGCCCACCUUUGUCGAAUACUCGCCAGCCCCGUCCUUUGUUUCCUCCCACUAUGAAGACUACAGCAACCGAGGGUUGUCCUUUGAGCCAGUCACACCACCCCAGCACAGCUCCCACUUGGGCGCCGAGCCCGCCUAUAUCGCCAACGAGGAUACCGGUCUCUACACUGCCAUCCCCGAGCUCUCGUCAGCUCACGCUAUGAACCCGAUGAUGCAGCUCCCCCCGUCCAAUCUCGCCAGCGCCCACUUCCCGCCCCCACCGAGGUCGUUCCACUCAAACGUCUACUCGAUGAUCGAGGGUUCCCCGACAUACAAGCAGCGCAGACGGCGCUCGUCCAUCCCGCCGGGCGCUGCCAAUGCCGUGGCCGCCGCGCAGUCGCAAGUGACGAACACACCGCCGCCGGUCAGCUAUGCCGCGCACCGGCCCAGCGAUCUGCGACGCUCAGUUUCCAGCUCGGUGGCCCCCGUGGCAGAAGUCGAGGAGUCGCACCAGGACUCUUCGCAUCGGACCGUGAAUGGAUACCCGUCGGCCAUGCUUCCUCAGAAAAACUUGCUCCAGGAGAUGUCCCGGAAUGGGACCCCGCUGUCGGGGUUGGAGGAGAACCCGGAGAAUGGCCUGACGAUCGCAAACCCCGCCGAUGAGCUAGCGGCGCUCCCCAACAACGAGACCCUGGAGAACGCCGUUCAGCAUAGUGCGACGCACAAGGGGGAUCGGUUCGCCCCUGGUCCUGUCCGCCGCGCGCGCAGCGCGACCAUGAUGGAACUGGGGCCUUACCCUCAGAAGUCCCACUCGUGUCCGAUCCCCUCAUGCGGGCGACUCUUCAAGAGACUAGAGCAUCUGAAACGACAUGUGAGGACCCACACGCAAGAACGGCCGUACCCUUGUCCAUACUGCAACAAAGCCUUCUCUCGUUCCGACAACCUUGCACAACACCGUCGGAUCCAUGAGGCCCAGCAAGACGGACAGCCGCCACUCCAACCUCACGAGGAAGAUCUGGAAAACGAGGACAACGAAUCUGGUUCGGCAGAUGAAGACUCUUCGCCAGUGGAUACGGGGCCGCACUCGAUGCUCCAUGUCUCCAGUAUGGCGUCGAUGGCGCCCGCCAUGACCUUAUCAACCGCCAUGCCCUCGAUGAUGGGGACGCACUUGAUUGCUCCUCAACUUCUGCAGCAGCACAUUUAAGCGCCAUGGUGGGACUCGCUCCGAUCCGCUGUCAUUUGACCUCUUCGCCAGCCAUCGUUCCCGCAUGAGAACACUUGAUUGUGCCUCAUGUGACCCAUUUUUCUUUUCGCUCCCUAUCUUCUUUUUUUUAAUAGAGUUAUUGAUUCAUGGACAUAUCUUCGCGUGUCUUUCCAUGUUGGCAAGUUUCUGCUCGGUUAUCGGGCAGGCCUGAUGUUCUCUGUUUGUUCCUGUCUCCUAUUUGGCGAGUCACCCGGGUGGCUCUGUUGAUAUCGUGGGUCUUCCUUUUCGAUCCCUGUUUUCUUGCUACAGGAAGGUCGGGGGGUCAUUUUCCAGCACAGGAUUGCCGGGGUGACCCUUUGUCUCUUGUUGGCGCUCGCGCUGGGGUUUGUUUCCAUAUAAACCAUCGCUGGUUGUGCCGCGUAUUGUGACUUUCAUAGCUAGCCCUCCUUGACUGCUUGGCAUUUUAUUUUUAUUUUAUUUUCCCUUGACCUUGUUUCAUUUGUCUCGUUAGUUUUGUCUGGUCAUUUUGCGCUCUGUUGAUAAUGUUUUCUUUGAUUUUAUUUUUUAUUUUUUUAUACUCCCAGCUGUUUAUAUUGGGACUUUGGAAGGUAGGUAGGACAGAAGAAGCACAGUGCGAAUUGGUUUGCUAGUGGCGUAUCGUUCUGAGGAACGAACAGUUUGAGAUGUCAGUAAAAAUCAACAACAAUAUCUCAAAGUCAUUCCUGUAG